UUGCCGAUUUGUCUCCUUUGUUAAUUUUGCUAUGGCGUAUUGAGUAUAAAAACCCACACUACGGCAACUCUACGAGUAAAAGAUGACUUUAUCGAUUACCAAUGGAAAAUCGACAUUUUGCGCUACGUCAAUAAACAAAAGAGAAACCAGCAAAAACAACAUCCAAUUUGACAAAUCAACAGAAAACAAUUUGUAGUUUGUGUGUUUUGAUUGAAACAAACGUCGUUUCAGGGAAAGAGGCAGCAAUAAAACUAUAAAGAGAUUUAAAUUGAUAAUAAAAAACCAAAAAGAAAACACUUCAACAAAAUAUGAUAUUUGAAAGAUCUCAAACGCCAAAUCGAAAAUAGUGGAAUCAAGCUGUAAGGAAAGUGUAAAAAUAUAUUGGAAAAUUUGGCGCCACCUAAUAAGAGGACGAGAACAUGAAGAGUGUGGAAAAUUUCAUUGCACUCUUGGAGACUACAGCUGUUGUGACCACGGUUCUGCAGUAUUUGUCCGGAGCGGUCAUCUGCCGUAAAUAUAUUAGCAAGAAAAGUACUGGAGAUUCGUCAGGAUUUCCAUUUAUAUGCGGUUUUUUGUCAUGUAGCUAUUGGGUCCUCUAUGGCAUGCUAAGCAAUGAACACAGUGUGGUAUUGGUCAAUUGUAUUGGUGUGACACUGUUUUUGAUCUAUACCUUAAUCUAUUAUGUUUUCACUGUAAAUAAAAAUGCCUAUGUCAAAAUGUUCCUCUUUGUGCUGACCGCAUUGUGUGGCAUUGCCUUUUACAUAAAUACGAUACCAGAGACGGAGCAGGCUCAAAAUUUUAUGGGCAUUGUUUGUUGUAUUAUUACGGUAACCUUCUUUGCUGCCCCCUUAACAAAUCUGCUACAUGUGAUACGAGUUAAAAACUCGGAAAGUAUGCCUUUCCCCUUGAUAAUUAUGUCAUUUUUAGUAUCGGUGCAGUGGCUAAUCUAUGGUGUCAUCAUUUCCGAUACUUUUAUUCAGUUACCCAAUUUCUUGGGCUGCAUUCUGUCCCUAAUGCAAUUGGGCCUAUUUGUGUGUUAUCCUCCCAAAAGUUUUGCUGGACAAGGCUAUAAAUUGGUGGAUCAAUCUGUGGUAUUUUAAAGAAAACAACUAACUAAUGAAUUUUGGUCAGUAAUAGAGACUAGCUGAAGAAAAAAAAUCAACCAGAAAUUCAAGACUUAAUGCUUUAAUAUAUACAUAUGUAUUUAUAUAAAUAUUUAAAAAAAAAAUAUGCGAGUAAAAAACCGUUUUAAAUGUUAAUACUUGUGUAUGUUUGCUAAUUAAAAUCAUAACGCUAUUGUACAAUUGAAAAGAAAAAACAGGCCAAAUUAAACUAUUUUUAAAAAAACGCUGCCCCUGAAUGGACUUCUCUUUGUAUAAUAUAUUUAUUGCUGAAAAAAUCAAACAUAUUCAAUUCACUACUCACCUUAUCUUCAGCAGAAAUAACAGUCAUAUUAUGGUCACAAAACCAACGAGAUUAUCCACUUGAAACAAUUAGUAAUUUAUUUCGUUUUUUUUAAUAGAUAUAUGUUUUUUUCUUCCUUACUAUUUCUCCAUUAAGUAUAACAUACACUUGCUUUUCGUCCGCUACCAACAAACUGUUUAAGUAUACGAAUAAUAUUAUAUUGACUUCUUUGAGAAAUGAUUUAAUAAAAAAAAACCAACAAACUAAAAUCGAAAA